AUGGCGACAUCCGUCCUUCAGCCCGAAGAUUGCCGGCGAGAACAUGAGCCCAAACAUGACAUCGACUCAAGAAGACUCACUGAAGAUGAAAGAAUCGCCAUCUUGGAAAGUAAGGAGCGGGAAACUGGUGAACUUCCACCGGAACUCAGGGAGAGGGCCAGGGUCGAUAUAAGAGAAGAAGCGGCAAUACGAGAACACGCCCUUGCACAAAUGAGGCACUUUAUUGAGAAACAUCCAGCCAUCAAGAAAUGCAGGACUGAUACGCCGUUCUUGCUUCGCUUCCUGCGAACAAAGAAGUACUCCAUUCCACAGGCCUGUUCUAUGCUGGAGAGAUAUCUGACCAUACGCCAGAUGUAUCCCAACUGGUUCCAAAAGCUCGAUCCCCUAGAUCCCAAGAUAGCAGCUAUCAUAGAUGCAGGGUAUCUAGUUCCAUUGCCGAAGAGAGACGCUGAAGGACGGAGAGUCGUUUUAUCAUGCAUGGGCCGUUUCGACCCACACGUUUACGACAAUAAUGUGAUGGCGCGCGUUCACUCCAUGAUAGUGGAACUGCUCCUCGACGAGCCCCGCUCCCAACUGCUAGGUUACACGCACGUUAACGACGAAGCUGGCAUGCAGAUGCCGCACGUCAGUCUCUGGUCGCUCAGCGAUGUGCGGAUCAUGUUAAACUGUAUACAGAAUUCCACUCCUAUGCGUCACAAGCGUACACAUUUCGUCAACAUACCGCAUUACGGCGUUAAGUUCUUCGAAUUUGCGAUAUCUUUGCUCAGCGAUAAACUCAAGGAUAGAGUUAUGUUCCAUCGUACAUCUGAUGAAUUAGUAAAGCACGUCGACCCGUCAAUUUUGCCUAAAGAAUAUGGCGGAACAGUUCCAUUGAGAGACAUGAUCGACGAGCUCAAACGUAAACUUUUAAAACAUAGAGAAGACUUACUCGCUUUGGACGACAUGUUCAUUGAUUUGCAUGUACUCGAAAAAAAUGAUCUGACUCAAGAUAUCCACUCAACUGCCGGUUCAUUCAGAAAAUUAGAACUCGAUUAGAUAUAAAUAUGUAUGUGAUAGCAUUAAGUUAACAUUUAAUCUUAUUUUAAUUAAAUACUCACGAAAAAAUGAAAUUUAAAAUGUAAUUACAUAACUUUUUUUAAUCUGUAAAAGUAUAUCUGGAAGUAUUGUUGGUAGCUUUGUUUUUUAUAUCUCCGAUCUCAUAGUUUUUUUUUUUUUUUUUUAAUAAAUAUCAACAUAUUACGAUUAAACUGUGUAAUUAAAAUCGUAGAAAUUAAUUCGCUUUAAUAAUAAGACCGUAUGUCUUUUAAACUUUUAUAGAAAGUAGUAAAGUAGUGGCAGCCGUCGGUGGUCACGUUACCAGUCUUAAACUGAUGAUAUCAUUGUAAAUAUAUAUUACAAUGAUUAAUUAUAUUAAUUUUUGUUAGCAAAUUCUACUUAGAGGUGCGAUUAAUGACAUGACAACCUGACUGCUGCUUAAACAUUAUUUUUAUAUACUUCCAUGUCUUCUUCCGUUACUAACUUCUGAAGCAGUUAGAUAAUUCUAAGGAUUAAUGAAAUAGGAUAUUCCGUUUUGUGGAAUAAUGUCGUUUUAAUCGAUUAUACAAAACGCUUAAAAUAAAGUAAUAUAGAAAA